CGGAAUUACGAGGUUUGAUUGAAACUUGAAUGCGAUUGUGGGCUGUGGGAGGCGGAAUUAUUAUCCAGGGUGGGCACUGUCUAUUUGAGUUUGACGAGCGGGUGGGUGACUGGGCCGAGGGAGACGGCGGAAAUGAGUGUCUCAAACUCUCAUCCAUGAUAGCAGGACAUGGACGGCAAAGAAAAGCGGGAAUCGGGAAUUGAGGGAAUCUGGCAGGCUGGAGCUUGGAGGCCGUUCGUCCCUCGUGUUCGGCUGGGCCGCAACCAAGUCUUGCUGCAGGCAUUCACUGCAUUCGGGGGGAUCGCUCCAGUGUGUGCGAGAAAAACCCGUGGAAUUGACUCUUUGCUUCUUAUAGGGAUCUACAUCACAGGCACAGGUACAUAAGACCCAUCACAUGCAUGUAAAAGAAUUUGUCACGUUCUAUGUAUAGAGACCAAAUAGGUAUAUAUAUGUUUAUUUGCCCUGGCCUCCGCAUCGUAACCAUUGCCCCAUUGCAGAACCAUUGCACAUCAUCAUCCCGAUCUGAGAGAGGGUCAAGCGAUCAAGAGGAGUUCGAGUUAUCCGCACACGAAAAUGCCGAUCCUAUAAUGUGUCAGUCACCCUCACGCACUCCAAUCACAGAUGCGCCACGGUGAGAAGCUUUCGGAUGAUACAUACCAAUUAACCCCGUAGCAUACGCAUCGAUAAUCUGCUUGACGACACCAUACGUCGCACCAACCAGGAAGAAGAUGCCCAGAAGAACAAGGCCGAUAUGCAAUCCAUACACAACCUUCUGAACGAGUGAACCCUUCCGAUAAUGUCCGUGGUCAUACAGCCAGAGCAACCCGGGGAGACUCAUGGCCAGCGGGGCGAAACACACCGAGCCGACGAGGGCAAUCAGGUAGUUGAAGAUCGGGAUUGAUUCCGCGAGGAUAAAGGCCAGUGCGCCGAGGAUCGUCGUGCAGGAGAGCCAGGUGCCCCAGUGGAUCACGCUGUUGGAUUGCAGGUGCGCUGUUUUGCCGAGGAUGCGGACGAAGACGUAUUUUGCGCCGACCUGUGCGUUGCCAUGGGGUUAAAGGGCUGGAGGAUAUUGGGGGAAGGGUUGCGGUGGUGCGAUGCUUACAUGCAGGUAGAGAGUACCACUAACGAUCAGGCCGAUCAGGGCGACGCCAUACGAGACCAUCUUGAUUGUUUGUCCGGCGCUCUACAUCUCAGUCAGCCAACUCCUACACCCACGAAAAUCCGAAUCAAGACUCACCCCGAGCGACGGACUAGCAACCCACAUGCCACACCAUCGAUAAACAACGAGCCCAAAAGCCAGGUACGACGCAGUCACAAGUGUCAUACAAUAGUACAGUGGCUUUUUAUACUCCUUCGGAUUGCGCAUCUCCGAGAUGACAGGCAGAAACGCACUGGUGCCCGCCGACGAGACGAAAAUCGUGCUCGACGCGACCAUGCCGCCCGCGAACCCAGGGUUGUUGAUCGCGACGUAGCCCAGGUCGUAGGGGCCCUCUUGCGGCGCGGCUGCUGGUCUGUCGCGCUGCGUCACGCCGACGACGACGAUGAAGACGGCGAUGUAGAUUGAUAAGAAGCCCACGUAGGACAGCCAGCCGACGUGCUCGAGUUUGCGGAUUGAGGCGGUGGCGAUUAUGACCACUGUCGCGAGGAACGACCACCAGACUGUACACGCCGCAUGGUGCGAGAGCGCAUUGAGCGCGGUCGAUACACCGACGAUGCCACUGCCCGUAACAAGAACAUAGCCGAUAAUAAACAGUAGACCGGUCACUUCCUUGCCAACAAUCCCCAGUGCCACCUCAGCCAUAUCCGCAAUGGAGUGGCAGUGCGGGUGCUUGAGGCGGAAGUUACCCAGGAUCACAAAGCAGUACGUGUUGAAGGCGCCCCAGGCGACGAUGCUGAUGGAGCCGCCGACAGCGCCGAGGGCGUACAGGGCCGAGGGGAGCGAGAGAACACCGGUCGCGAAGAGGAUCUUGGUAAAGAUGACGGUUGCGUUGAACCAGCCGACCUUGCGGAAGUCGACGCCGGUGCUCGUCUUCUUGAAGACCUCGCCAUCUUCUUCUGAGGAGAAUCGCUCUUCGCGCGGACUUGGGCGCGACGAGUCGUAGGCCUCGUGGGCUUGUGUCUGGUCUUUCUCCGCCAUUGCAAGAGCGGCACGCGAUGCGAUAGAUGCGAAGAGGGCAGAAGAAAAAAUGGUGGCACGAGGCAAAAGCAAAAGAGAGCAGGGAUGUGAAAGUUAGAUGCAAGGGGACUAAAGGGCAUGAGGGGUCUGGAAGGCUGGAAGGCUCGCCUGCCACUGCUUGGCUCGCCGCUCCUUCAUCCUGUCCCACUUGACGCGAGAUUAUCGAAGCAAGCGAAGUAGUUUCGAAUUCCAAUUCAAAAAGUACGGAACAGCAAGAGAAGGUCUCAGCCACUGGUGGGCACUAACGCAGCUACUAAACAUGGGGAUGCAGCGCACUAGACAAGGGGUGCUCGCUGUCCCUGCCGUUUCCAGGAAUCGACCGGAAAAACAAAGGAAAACUGGGUCUGAAGUUGAUGGUUCGUGUUGCACUGUUGCAUGCGUGCUCUUCGCGAGAUGGCGAUAACUUCCAAUAAUGAAUCCAAUCAGAGAGUUCAUUCCUUGAUCGACUCUCUUGGUACACCGAUGUAGUAUUACACGUGGAAAAGCCCGUGGCUUACAGGGAAGCAAUGAACAGGGAUAUCAGUGCAGAUUAUUGCCAAUGCAGACGACACGUUUCGAAUAAGAAUGUCCUGCGAAAGAACCCUGCAGGGUCAUCGAGUCAUGGCUAACGCUCAUCACGGCAGCGAAGUCAGUGCGAGCGACUCGUUCAGUGAGCACAAUGCAACACUGAAGUGAAGCUGUCUGGAACUCGGAUGCACCGGUGUCCCCGUCUUAUCGCCAACACACGCACCACGCCCCACCAACUAUCGCGAUUGGGCAAUGCGAUCCCAUCCGUCGUUCUCCCAGGAAUGCCACACAACACCGACAAAGCCACCUACCGCCUCGGCGCAGACGUCGGCGGCACAUUCACAGACGUCUACGCCCUCUCCCCAACAGGUCUCAUCGCACGCGCAAAAGUGCCCACCACAAUUGAAGACCAAAGCAUCGGAAUCCAAAACGGCAUCCAGCGCGUCCAGCAAACCCUGAAAGAGCAGAACACCGACUUCGACGGUAAAUUCCAAUUCAUCCACCACGGCACAACCGUCGCGACGAAUGCCGUCCUCGAGGGCAAGGGCGCGCGCACGGGGUUGAUCGUUACGGCGGGACAUAAGGAUAUUCUUGCGGUUCGCCGGUCGCAGAUUCCUGGGGGUUUGGGGGCGUGGUUGCAUUAUACCCCUCCGGACCCGAUUGUCCCGCUCGAGCGGGUUAUUCAGUGCACGGAGCGCAUGUCUGUUGAGGGCAAGACGGUUGUUCCUGUUGACGUUGAUGCGCUUCGCGCGGAACUGACGAAGCUUUGGGGGAGCGAGACGGAGCGGCCAGAAGCCGUAGCGAUUUCGCUGCUGAAUUCGCACGCGAACAGCGAGCAUGAAGACACCGUCGCCGACCUCGUCCGCGAGGUCCUGGGAGCCAAAAUCACGAUCAUCCGCUCAAGCGACGUCCUCCGCGAAGUCGGCGAGUACGAACGCACCGUGACGACAUGCACGAACGCGCUUGUGAAGCCCGUCGUCCAGACAUACCUCAGUAACCUAGCAACCCUCCUCGCAGGUGAUGGCGAUGUUAUUCGCAUCCUCAAGUCCGACGGUGGGCUCACGAGCCUGGAUCUCGCUGGAGAGCUACCCGUCAACAUCCUCAUGUCCGGACCCGCCGGCGGCGUCCAGGGGGUUGCAGACGUCGUGACCCGGAACACCCCAUACAAGAAUCUCAUCACCUUUGACAUGGGCGGGACGUCCACGGACGUCGCGCUGAUCUACCAGGGGAAACCGCAGCUCCGGCGCGAGACGGUCGUCGGCGAAUUAACCGUCCGCUCCCCGGCUGUGGACAUUCGAACCGUUGGAGCCGGCGGUGGUUCCAUUGCAAAGUAUAUGGACAUCUCAGAAACACUCCGCGUCGGACCCGAAAGCGCAGGCGCGACACCGGGCCCGGCAGCGUACAACAAGGGCGGGACCGAAGCGACGGUCACAGACGCGAAUCUCGUGCUGGGAUACCUACCAGAUACCCUCCUCGGCGGCGAAUUCACACUCAACGCGCAGGCUGCAUGGACGGCUGUCGAGGGGAUCGCGAAGCAGAUGGAUCUCCCCGUGACGCAGUCUGCCGAGGACGUGAUUAAUCUGGUGAAUGAGACCAUGUACGGUGCUCUACGCCUCGUCUCGGUUGAGCAGGGGUAUGAUCCCAAAGACUUUGCGCUUGUUGCGUUUGGGGGCGCCGGUCCUCUGCAUGCGAAUGCCGUGGGAAAACUUCUGGGCGCGUGGCCGGUCAUUGUGCCCCCUUCUCCGGGGACUCUGUGUGCCCUGGGUGAUGCGACUACGCGGCUGAGCCACUCGCAAUCGUCGUCGUUUAUCAGCCAGUUGUCAGCAACAACCUCAGAAGAGGUAAAGCGGCGCUUCGAGGACCUGGAGAAAUCAUGCAGAGAGACCAUGCACGCCUCCAACGCGAAGCAGGAAAUCCAGCUGGAUAUUACCUACCACAUCGACCUGCGGUACCGCGGGCAGGCCCUGAAUCUGACCGUUGAUCUGGAAGAAGCCGAUCUCUCGCUGGGAGACGAAGAGUGGAGGAAGGUUCUACAGAACAAAUUCGACCAGCUCCAUGACCAGCAGUUCAAGUACUGUCUUCCGAAUUUCGAGUUGGAGCUUAUGCGUCUCGAGGUCGUUGCUGUCGAUGCCCGGCCGCCCAUUGAGUUUCCUCGGCUCCGCAAGGCUGCGUCGCCCGAGCCACCGGCAGCAGCCCUGGUCUCGAAGAAGAAGAUUGUCGUACAAGGCCACGAAGUCGAGGCCGCCCUCUGGGAUCGCGAGCAAGUCAGCCAGCAAGGCGUCCGUCUUGACGGCCCCUGCAUCAUCACCGAAACAGACAGCAACACUCUGAUCCUCCCGGGAUACUACGGCGAGAUCGACUCGAUCGGAAACAUCCUGAUCCGACCCGUCGACGAGACGACAAGGGAAGAAUCAAACCACCAGACCCCCGAGGCUGCGCUACAGACGGUGCAAUCAACCCCAUUGAUCCCGACCCUCGUCGCCUCGGCACUCGCCUCGAUCCGCGGCGAGAUGGACACCCUCAUGCUGCGGUGCAGUAUGUCCCCCGCGAUCCGCGAACAGCAGGAUGAGUUCAACGUCAUCACCACAGCCGAGGGCAAAAUGCUCGUCGGGCAAUUCGGCAGUUUUAUCACGCAGUUCCUGCGCGCGUGGAAGGGGACCAUUGAAGAGGGCGAUAUGUUCAUUACGAAUGACACGUACAUGAUCGAGGGCGCCGUGACACAUCUCAACGACGUGAUUGUUCUUCUUCCGAUCUUCCACGAGGGCAGACUCCUCGGGUGGGCGUCGCAGUUUGGACACUUGACGGAUGUCGGCGGAAUCGUUCCGGGCAGUAUGUCCAUCAACGCGACAUCUGUCUUUGACGAUGGGGUCCAGAUCCCUUGCAUCAAGCUGUAUUCCAAGGGGACGAUGAACUCGGACAUCGUCGACCUUUUGUGCCGCAACUCCCGGCAACCAGACUGGUACCGUUCUGACCUGAUGGCCAUCAUCACCGCGUGUCGCACGGCCGCAAGUCGCGUCUGCGAGCUGGCCACACGCUUCGGAUCCGAGAUCUACCUCGCCGCAUGCAACGAACUCCUCCUCCGGAACCGCACCGCCAUGGCCAAAAUCAUCGACGCAGACUUUGACCCGCAGCCCACCACAUUCACCGACUUCGUCGACGACGACGGGCACGGCGUCGGGCCCUACGCGCUAACCUGCACGACCACGAAACUCGAGGGCGGCCGCCUCCUCUUCGACUGGAGCGGAACCUCCCCGCAGAGCUCCCACAGCAUAAACUUCUACCUAUCCGAAACAAUGUUCAAGAUGUUCAUUGGCUACUACAUGAUCGCAGCCGCCGCCCCGGGGACAGUCAUAAACGACGGGUUCCACGACCUCAUCGACGUGUAUAUCCCGGAAGGGAGUAUAUUGAAGCCGAUCCGGCCCGCGCCCAUCUCGUGCCGGACACACAUGCUCGGACGCACCAUGGACGUCAUGCAAGCGCUCAUCGCGAAGAAGAACCCCGUGUACGCGGCUGCCGCCGGAUUCUCCGACUCCCCGCACUUCUUCUACUCCGGAUACAAGCCCGACGGUGAGUGGUACCAGCUGUACCAGAUCGGCUUCGGCGGGGUUCCCGCGCGGCAGGCGGGCGAUGGGCUGGACUGCCACUGCCUCUUCCCCGCCAUCAAAUCCAUCCCCACAGAGAUCAUCGAGCUGAACUACCCGCUCCGCAUCGAAGCGAACGAGAGUGUCCCCGAUAGCGGGGGUCCGGGCUUCUUCCGCGGCGGGAACGCGCAGCGCACGCACUACCGGUUCCUCUCGAGGGGCGAGUUCAGUCUGCACGAUGACCGGUGGUUCACGAAGCCGUGGGGAAUCCGCGGGGGGAAGCCCGGUUCGCGGUCGCGCAAGGUGCUGUAUCGGUACUCGAAGUCGGAGAGUGAUCCGCCGGUUGAGGUUCUGGCCUCGAAGUGCGAUCAUGUUCGUGUGGAUCCGGGGGAUCUGCUCGAGUGGGUGACUUGGGGGGGCGGUGGACUGGGAGACCCGCUGACGCGACCGGCGGAGAAGGUCGCGCUGGAUGUGCGGAGGAAACUGGUGACGGUCGAGGGUGCGCGUGAGAACUAUGGUGUGGUCGUAGAUCCUGAAGCCCUGACCCUCAAUGAGGGUGAGACGGAGGCUCUACGGAAGGAGCUGGCCCAAGCCCGCGAUGCAGCGGGCGGAGUCAAGGAAGGAUACGACCGUGGCGGAACUAUCGAGGAAUUGAGACAGUCUUGCCUCAAGGAGACGGGCCUGGCGCCUCCGAGCCCGCAGUGGGAGGUCGACCUUUAUGGGCCGCAUGUGCGGAUCCCAUAUGUUCAGGAGUGGUACAGGAAGAUGAAGGAGGUUGGCGGGUGGACUGGACUUUGAACUGAUGAGUCGUUGAUAGUGGUUCUCAUACAGCCUCUAUGCAUCCACCCGUUCUUGACGAGAUAGUUGUGGUGGGCAUGGAGGGUUGUAAAUAUCGUGCUGUUUAAAUACGUACUCGAGUACCUAAGAAGGGCUAGGAUGCAGAUCACACUAGGUGCAUCUGACAGAAUCUUGAUUAGAACCUCUAAAUCCCAAGCACAUUACCAGCCAAGCGGCGCCGCGUGAAGUGGCAUAUAGCCUGGCGCCGGUAUUCGAGAAGAUGCCUCUAAAUAGAAUGUUCACGACGACGAGUAAAAAGGAUCAAUAAAUUGGUAGGAAAGAUGUAAGAUGAAAGCACUGGGCAUAGUUACUUCCCUUCGGAAUUCCCUAAGCC